AUGGGUAAAGCAAGGAGAGAAAGAUUACGUUUCAACCAAAAUGGCUCUUCACCACCAGCUAAAGAUGAGAAAAUAAGUCUUACACAUAAACAACUGAAAAAUUUGAUCAUUCGUGUGCGCAUUAAUCAAAUGGAACAAGAUGGAAUUCAACGAAAACAAAUUAAAAAACGAUUGAAAUGCACAGAUACUCUUAUUACAAAAUGGAAAAAUGUUGGCUUUGAUGAUCCCAAAGCAUUUCUUGAUGGUAUUCGAACAGGUAGGCCUGAAGUUUCAAGAAAAAUUGAAAAGGCGGUAUUGCGAAAAAGACACAACAAAAAGUUUAGUUUAAGAAAAGCAGGUCUGCAAUUGAAUAUAAGUUAUAAAACAGUGCAACACAUAUUACAUGAUGCUGAAUUAAAAUGGAAAUUUUUUUUGUUGGGUGGUGGUCGUAAUCCAAAACAUCAUGGACGAUGGGUAUAUGAUAGUGAAGAAUUAGAUUUAUGGGAAGUGAAAAAACAUUCAAAAGGUUUACACGUUUAUGGCGGUAUGACAAGUAAAGGUUUAACACAAUUGGUUUUCAUUAAUGGUAAUAUUGAUGGUGAACACUAUGUAAAUGAGGUAUUACCAACUUUAACUGAUGUUCAAGAAAGAAUUGAAGAAACUGAUGAUAUUACACCAUAG